GCGCUGAUGGGCGCUCGGAGGGAGGGGAAAGGGGGGGUUGGAUGCGCUCGAGGCCCGCCCUCCUUGGCGAGUUCUUCCUCGGUUCCCCUCCUCCCAAGAGCAGCAGCUUUCCAGCAGAGCAGGUGGGUGGAGAGCGCAGCUGAGCAGGGAAAGGCGGAGACGGAUGCUCUGGAUCUGGGCGAGCUCAGUCGCCUCGCCUCGGCGCUCUCGCUCUCUGCCUUUGUGGGGGCUUCCAAAUGGAUUUCAACAUGAAGAAGCUGGCCUCCGACGCGGGCGUCUUCUUCACCAGGGCUGUCCAGUUCACAGAAGAGAAGUUCGGUCAGGCCGAGAAGACGGAGUUAGAUGCACACUUUGAAAACCUUCUGACCCGAGCCGACAGCACCAAGAACUGGACGGAGAAGAUCUUGCGUCAGACUGAAGUCCUGCUGCAGCCAAAUCCUAGUGCCAGAGUCGAAGAGUUCCUUUAUGAGAAGCUGGACCGGAAAGUUCCCUCCCGAGUCACCAACGGGGAGCUCCUGGCGCAAUAUAUGAUCGAGGCGGCCAAUGAUUUUGGCCCUAGUUCUCCCUAUGGGAAGACCCUCAUCAAAGUUGGCGAAACGGAGCGGCGCCUGGGCGGGGUGGAGCGGGACUUCAUCCACUCCGCCUCCAUCAACUUUCUGAGUCCCCUGCGCAACUUCCUGGAAGGAGACUGGAGGACCAUUUCGAAGGAGAGACGGAUCUUGCAAAACCGUCGCCUGGACCUAGACGCUUGCAAAGCCAGGCUGAAGAAAGCAAAGGCAGCAGAAGCCAAAGCCGCGGCUGUGCCUGACUUUAACGAGACUAGACCACGUAAUUACAUUCUCUCCGCCAGCGCAUCAGCGCUUUGGAGUGACGAGGUGGAAAAAGCAGAACAUGAGCUGCGACUGGCCCAGACGGAAUUCGACCGGCAGGCAGAAGUGACUCGCCUCCUCCUGGAGGGGAUCAGCAGCACGCAUGUCAAUCACCUGCGCUGUCUCCACGAGUUUGCUGAAGCUCAGGCCACGUACUAUGCCCAGUGCUACCAGUAUAUGUUGGACCUCCAGAAGCAGUUGGGCAGGCUUCCUGGAACAUUUGUGGGCAAUGCGGAGUCCACCUCCCCUCCGCCAGCCACCGCCUCCCCCACUGCCACUGCUGCCGGCACUGGCCCAGCCGUGCCCACCAUUCCAGUGGUGCCCACCGUCGUUGGAGCCCCCAACUCUGCCCCUGCUGUUGAAGCAUUGAACCCCAGCGAUGUGAAGCCCCCAGCCAGCGGGACGCGGAAGGCCCGGGUCCUCUAUGACUAUGACGGAUCCGACAGUACGGAGCUCUCCCUGCUUUCGGAUGAGAUGAUCACUGUGUACAGUCUCCCAGGGAUGGAUCCAGACUGGCUCAUAGGAGAGAGAGGCAAUAAGAAGGGCAAGGUCCCGGUGACCUACUUGGAACUGCUCAGUUAAGCUCUCCUGGGGAGGAGGACUCUCCAAGCAAGUCGUACCCUCCCUGUGUCCUGACCUAUUUUUAUUUUUUAAGAGGCUGCUGACCUCUUCAUCCGAGACCAUUUUGCUCUCUUCAGGGUCAGAUUUUUUUCUCACCUUGUUUGGAUUAAGGCACAGAAGUGGUGGCGGUGGGAGUUGCUCCGCUUUUUCCGAGGUUCCCAAGAUUGAAUCUGUCACCCGUUCACACCAUUGGCUUUUGAAAUUUGGGGAAAAUGUGCAUUGGGAUCCCCUCUACAGUCUAAACCCUCUACUGCACUAUUUUUGGGUCAAACAAAGUGGACUUUCUAGAAGUCAACUGCAUCAGACUAUCUCCCUCUGCCUGUUGCUUUACUAAUGGUUCUUGACUCUCAUUUUUUUGUCUCCUAUAGCCAUAUUAUAUAUUCUACUAAAGGCAGGAAUGUGGUGGCUUAUUGCCCCUUUCAAGCUAAGCCUUCAAUUCCCCUGGCAUACAUGAAUGUUUUAAUGAACUGCCAGCCAACAGGGAAAAGAAUGAGCUUUAGCGAUCCCACUGAAUCACUUAGAGCCUCUUAGAAGGUAAAAUUCUCUGAUUUCCCAUUUUUCUUUUAGGUUCCACCCAACAAUUGAUGUAGAGGGAAUGCCAAUGAAAGUGAGACAAAACCCACAAGGGAUGAAGGGGUAGCGAACAGCCUUGGUCUGGCUGAAUGGUUUAAAACUCUUUAGGUGUUGUUUCUAAGUUUAUUCAUCUCUCUCCUAUUGCAAGAGAACAUUCUGCCUUUCGAUAAACUCCAUUGAUCAUUCCCACGUACCUGUUAAACUGGCAAGGCUUGAUGGGGUGAGUCUUUUAAUCAUAGAUGACCAAUCAUUUUCUCAAAAUGUUUUGAGAAACUGUCUCAUCUUGGGCUGCUUGUCUCUUCUAUUCCAACUUGCAUACCCAACAGUGAUAAGGAUGGUGUAAUGGGGAAAGGCAUUCUGCAGCAGCAGCAGCUGAUCCUUACUUGGGGCUUCCUCUAGCUCUCUCACCUGGCCCAGGUACUGAGUAAGCCAUAUUUCUUUCUCUGGAGGCAAGAACCAGUCUGAGCAAAUGUACUUUUCUUUUUCAAGGACAGAGCUUAGUACCAAUAAACCCUCCAUCAGCUGCAACUGGGCAGACCCUUCUUGGCUGGCUUCUUUUGUGCUUUGAACUUUUUUCUCCUGAGCCUUUGUGGUUUAAUCCUGAUGUAAUGGAUUCCAAGCACUUCCAUGUGAUUGACUUUUGCCAAUUAAACAUCUAGCCUGCACUUUUCUCUGACUUGGCUCUCUUUGGUGGGCGUCAUUUCUCUCUCUCACCCCAGCUCCAAUUUACAGAAGGUCAUACAUCAAACUAGAGCUCAGAUUCUUAUAAGGACACUGCUUGCGUUAUCUUUAAGUGGCAAAUCAGAAUUCUGAUGGGUAUAGGAAUCCUGCCCUGAAGAGGCUGAGCGCUAGGUGUAAAAAGCAAUUAUUUCACUUUGGCUAGGCAUAUUUUGAAGGCCCCUUGUGAGAAAGGAGGCUAAACUAGUGGUCAGGCUUAU